CUAUUUUUGUUCCUGUUCUUGGAGUUGGUGUCAAUCAGUUUGUGAUCUCUGCUUGCUCGGAGAGGAGUUAUACUGCUUAACAUAAUUUCUUAAUUUUCUCACAUAUUGGUUUAUUGAGAAUCUUUCCUUUUUUCUACUCCCUUCUUCCUUUUGCUUUCAAUAUGUUGAGGAGCUUAAGAUUUAUGCUGGUUUCUACCAGAUGACUGACUUGUAGGAAUGCCAAUCCGUGCGAGAGCAUAUAAAGGAAUUCCACUGUUGAAGUUGCUCGAUGGAGUGGUAAAGUUGCAACCGCAGAGUGGCCGAUGAAAUCCUCAAAGGAUUUAACAUCGGGCAGCUGUUGAUAGCAUCAUGGAUGGUACACGGUAUACAGUGACACUGGAGGCGUUCAAGCUUUUCCAUGGGAUCGACAGAUCACUGUAUGUUAUUCUCAUCAGGGAUCUGCUGCGCGAUCCCUUAGAGUGCCUGUACAUAAUGGGCUUCUGGCUAUGGUUGGAACGUACGGGAUUUAGUAAUUUCGUAAGUAAGGCCCUAUCGCUUCCUCCAUUUCUGAUCAACGAGCUUGCUGAUGAAGCUGUGUCAUGCAUCAAGAGCACAAAUGCGCAGUUCCCUUUCUCAUCUAAAGCUACUGAAAUCCCAUUAACCCGCAGUCUUGUGAAAAGGGAAAUCUAUCUGCAGUUUUUCAUUGAUAACCGUCUUACCGCUUUCAUUGAGAUCGAAAAUUUGGUAAGAGGAGUCUGCCUACCAUCAUUGUCCGAUAUAAUGCAGGCACGCGUUUAUGGUGUUUUAGCCAAAGCUCCAGCGGAAGCUCCAUUGAUGAUGGCGCCUCGCCAUGCUGCAUCGACUUCAUCCGCCAACUAUGUGCCAGAACCUUCUCCAGUCGACAACCUGACUCAAAGCAUUGCUAACUUGGAAAUUGCUGCCUCUGGUGGCGAUUCCUCCCCUUCUCGUGGCAAAGGGAAGGCCAAUGAGGUGUCGAGGAACGAGAGGACAAUGUUUGUCACCUUCUCCAAAGGCUACCCAGUGAAUGAGUACGAGGUGAAGCUGUUCUUCGAAAGGGUUUUUGGGAACUGCAUCGAGUCGUUCCACAUGCAAGAAGUAUGCAACCCCGAGGUGCAAUCUCUGUAUGCCAAAAUCGUGUUCCUCAGGCCAUCGUUCAUUCGUGCUAUUCUCAACGGCGCGAUGAAGGCCAAGUUCACCAUCAAUGGUAAGCAUGUCUGGAUGAGGAAGUUUGUGCCCAAGAACAACAGGCAGUCGCCUUCCGGAUCCCCAAGCGUCGGCGCGAGUACCAACUCUUUCUUUUGAUGUAACCUAUGAAACAAUAUAUCCAUCUUUGGUUAGAUAGAUAGAUAGAUGGUCUCCUUUAUUGUCUUGUGUUUGUUGUGUCUGUUUAGUUUCAAUUUCUGAGGUCUGAGUUAUGUUAGAGUCCUGUGAAUAAACUCACUGCCAAAGUCCGCUUUCAUGAGUCUUGUAACAAAUCCUUCUUAGUAAUAUGGCAAUGCAUCUUUGUUUUUUUUUA